GCACCAAAAUUUUAUUGGAUCAGGUUGAUUUUCCUGAAGAUGUGUGCCGCUCCGUUUAGUUUCUUUUCUUUUCCCUGCAAAGAGGUGGUGCUGAUGAUGCUGCCUCUAACUGUGCCACUUUCAGGAUAGCAUAGAAACAGUGUGUCGGAUGGUGGAGGCUGUCCGGAGGAGGUGGGGCCAUUCCCCUGUGUUUACUGCCUGAUGGAAAGAAAGAGGGGCAGAGCAUGUUGAAAAUGAAAAGACACAGUCAUGUAAAGGCUGCAGGAAUGCAGUAACAGAGUCUAGAGCCUUUUUUAUAUAUAUAAAACAGGCUUUCGGAUGGAUUUAGAAGGUGUGUCCCAUUUGAGGUCCCAGGAGAGCAGAUGUUUGUGACCACUAUCAAACAUGCGACUGGACAGCCUUUACAGCGCGUGACUUUGCUUUUUGAAAAUCUUCAUCAUGGGUGCGAUGUGGAAUAUAGAUUUUUUCCUCGUCUUUUUUUUGACACCAACACUUCAUACAUUAGCCUUAAAUGGAAACAAUGCCAGAAACUCAUCCCAGAGAGGCACCGCAGAGUUAUUUCUAAAUCCAACCUCACACAGACCUUAUAGAUCGAAUUUAACACCAGAUGAUCCCAACUAUGGACCCGUGGGUGUUCCAAGCCAAUCUCUGAGUUGGCCCUCAUCACCUGAGGAUAUAGACAGACAGGGUGUUAUUGGUGAAUACACAGAAUCAGAGGAGAUCACUGAGACAUCUUUUGAAAAUCAUUAUGAGAGGAGACUCACAUGGAGGCCAACUGAAAGUCCAACUUAUAAUAUUACCCCCAGAGAGAAUAUAGAAACAGUAGUGUUUUCCCCAGAAAAAGCUACACAAAAACCUACGCCAGAACAAAAACUGAAUUUUUGGUCAAGAAAGAAAAUGACUGGAUCCAUUUUAUAUCCAACACAAGCCAGUCAGAAUGAAAUAGCUGUGACAACUCAACAAAAUGGCAGGACAUUUAGCCAUUUGCCUUUUUUUCCGUCUACUCCAUGGCAAAGAAAGGCACUUGAGAUAAACCCAAAAUCAAUGGUCGGUUCUACGACAAACGCAGGGUCCCCGAGUCCCCCAGCAUGGAUCACAGAGGUUUCUGUUUCUAGACUAGGAGGACACAAUGGACUGGACGAUGGCACAGAACAAACUUUACACAACGUGACUGUCAGCACAAAGUCAACAAGAGAUGACUCCUGGAAUAAUAAUCUGCAUGCUUCAGAAGCCACACCCACAGUUUUCUUGGAUAGUAACAACAGCACAUCGGUCACUCCCUGCAAAACAACAAAUCAGUCUUGGACUCCUCUCGACCUAGAAGAUUCAACCCAAUCUUUGCACCCCUUUCUGGCUCUCGGCCCUCCCUUAGUCCCUCUGUACUCAGACUGGAACUCCGCCCUUGCUACAUGGGGAUUUGCAUGGGAAGCACAUAUCUAUGGUCUGGGAUCGAUCUUCAUUCUGUUUUGUCUAAUCUCUGUGAUCUCCCUGUUAGGCUUGCCCUUCCGAUGCCCCCCAGGAAGCCUGUACAUAACUAUGCUGCACUUCUUCAUUAUGGCAUUUGCAGGGAUUCAAGCUUUCUCCUUGCUCUAUGAUGCUUACAGUUCUCAGGACCGUCUUCCCCCUGCGGUUGCUCUGCUGGUCUCAGAGCUACCAUUGCCCUGCUUGAUAUCAGCCUUCUCGUUUGCGUUCCUCAUUCUUUCAUCACACUUUCGUAAACGUCUUUCACUGCCACUUGCUCUUUCUUGCCCAUUCUCGAUCUUGCCUAAACCUUGUAUCCUUCUAUGUGCAUCAUUUUUUAACUUCAUAGUCUCUCUGGGGUGUGUUGGUCUCCUUCAGCUCUUCCAUUCUCUGCCACCUGUUCUCCUGUUGAUCCCUCAUGUUGUGUUUGUUUGCCUUUGCAUCAUUCUCUCAUUCUCUUACCUUUUCCACUGCUGCCUUACAAAAAUAAAUACCAAGCAUAUUUACAGGCUGAAUGACAAUGCAGAAGAGGGAAGAUCUCCUGAAUUGAUUCGUUCUGUAAAAGUUACUUUUUCCAGAUUGGAGGACUGGAAAAGAGCAACUGGAGCUGGAAUAGGAACCUCAGUGUGCUUAUUAGGAUGUGGAGGCCUUCAGCUUUAUGGGAUAUUGCAUGCUUUUGGUGUUGGUGGGGUUAAAGGCUAUGGCUUCCAACCCUGGCCCUGGUGGGGCUACCAUUUAGGAUGUAGACUAUGUGAGUCUGGGGUGUGUCUUGGUUUGUCUAUAAUUGGCACACACUUUCUUUUCUGCCACAACUCCUCAACCAAGACUUUAACCAGUUCUCGACAGGGGUCUUGGUCUCGCCUGUCCUGCAACUCGCCUUUACGAGGGCAGACACUGUCCACCCAGGAUGAAGUAAAUUCUCUUGUCCUCCCCUCCCAGGGUAAGCAGGACAAACUUGUGAUCUGUGAUCUCACAAAUAAGCAGACAGAGGUUCUUCCACUUUGUUCAGAGGUUCUUGCUCCUGCAAAUGGAGUUAAUGGUUUACACCAAGCCCAAAGAACGCUACCUCUACCUACACCUCCAAGUCCACCACUGAAAGCCAAAAGCCCCAUUGAGCCUCAACUGCUGUCCCUGGAUAGCUUAUGUGUGGAGACCGAUUCUACCAAGGACUUUCGUCCCCCAUCUCCCAUAAAUCUUUCCCGCAGUAUUGACCAAGCUCUUUUCAGUGAGUCUUUAUUUUCUCACAGUAUUUUUGGUCAACAAAGGCUAUUCCAUUCCUCUUCAAGUGCUUCUUUGAGCGCUCCUGGACAAGGUACAAUAAAUCUUGGGCUUAGCUCUGUGGGACAUGCGUUUUACAGAACGUCAUCCUGUGGAGAUGUUGAGCAAGAGAACAAUGUGUCUAACUUUCAAAAUUCCCUCCCACAAGGACAUUUGACAUCUCACAGCCAUCUCACAGUUUCUCCAGAGAAAAAUAACUGGAAGGGAAGUGACACAGGUUCAACCCAAGGGUUGUGCAGCUAUCCCAAGGACAGUGGAAAGUCACAUACUCAUUCCUGGGGUAACAGGGGGCAAAACUUUGCACAAAGCAGUCUCCAAAGAGGAAUCCCUCACUUAUCUUACCGCAGGCAUUACAGAACCCUGAGUCUGGCCUCCCAAGAUGGUCAAGGUGGCGGGAAGUUAGCAGGCACCAAACACCUCAGUGAAAGUCGACAGCUGGAAUGGGAUCUGGCUGUACAAGCAGAGUUUGUCAAUGUGUGCAAACAAAUUGAUACACUUAGUGUUUGCAGUGAUACUAUUGAAUUGUAGAUUUAUUAAAAAAAAAAAAAAAGUCUAGUACUGGGCUAUAGCUAACAUGCUCCUGACUCAUUCAAAGAAAAAGAGAAUAACUCUUAUCUAUUAGCUAAUGUCUUGAUGUACGCCACAUAUUUUUUGUAUAUACUACGUAUACUUUUAAAUAUUGAUGUGUAUUAUGUUCAUAGUUGUUUUUUUUUUUUCAUUCUUACACAUGUUUAUGUAAUGCCUGACUCUGACCUGUGCAUCAAAUUUACUGAGCAGAGUAUGGGUUUGCUAUCCUUUUCAACAUGCAGGGGAGUGCCAGUACACUCAAGAUUUAUAUUAACUUUUAAAACUGACUUAAAACUUGUCAAAAUCUAUUAAAAUUCUUGCCUGUUGAAAAGUUUAGGCCUGUCUAUUACCUUGAAAAAGAUACAGCAGUUGUGGAAAAGGCAUGACAAGCUGGAAAAGUAAAGUCACUGUUGCAGGAUACAAAGACUUGACAAGCAAGGCAAUGAAAGCCCAUUAUUCAUAUUACUAUUUAAAAUUGCCAGAAAAGUUUUAUUAAAAGUUUUGUUUAAAUGUAUCUGCGUUGCUUGCUAAAAUUGACCAGUUUUAUUAUAUUUAUUUUUGUUCAUCCAUUAAUGGAUUAUGAACUGUUUGUUUUGUUCUAUCAAAACUGCUAUUUAUAAUCAAAGUUGCAACCACAAUCUUAAACUAUUCUAAGUAAAUUUUCAUUUAUGUGACUGACUAAUUCUCAAAGCAGGUGUUAAAUAUUUUAAAUUGUUAACAGUUCAAACUUGAAAACAGCAAAGACUGAACUAUGAAGUCAGGAUACAAACAGCAUGAACACAUUAGAGUCCUUUUUGUUUGAUUUGAUUAAAACUGUGACUGAAGAUAUCUCAAUUUUCAGCAUGUAUUCAUUCUAACAAAAAAAAAAAACAAAGGGGAAGAACUAUUUUAAAUAAAUUGGCACAA